AUGAUCAAGCCCGGCUGCCUGCACACGCUGCCGCUGAACCAGUGCCUGUCGGGCGACACCGUCUACUGCGACUUCAGGAGGGUGUCCGUCGACCACCUGCGGCGGUUCUUCGAGCGCCGGGACCCGGACAGGCCGGCAGAGCUGAACCUGGCGCCGGUGCUGCCGGCCCGCUACUCGGUACGACACGAACCCAUGAGCUCCGAAAUGGCGCCCCCUUGGCUGAAACAGGCGGCCAAGCUGCUCAACGCCGGCGGUUCCGGCUCCGACUGGCAGGCCGUCGCCAAGAAGAUAGGGUACCGGGACCACAAGCUGACCGAGUUCGACGACUGCCUGGACCCGGGCCUGGCGCUCAUCACCGACUGGCUGCAGAUCUCGGGCAACAACGGCUUCAGCCUGGACAUGCUGUGCGCCGUGCUGGACGGGCUGGCGCGGGAGGACGUCUGCAGCGUGCUGCGCGCCGUUAACAAGCCCACCAGUCCGGCGCCAGUGUUCGUCAGCUAUCAGUGGGACCACCAGGAGGAGGCGGCGCGGCUGCGCGGCCGCCUCGAGCGCAGCGGCCUCCGCUGCUGGAUGGACGUCGGGCAGAUGGGCGGCGGCGACCUCCUGUACGAGAAAAUCUACCAAGGCAUCAGCAGCGCCAAGAUAUUCGUGGCGUGCCUGAGUCAGCAGUACCUGAAGUCCCAGCUGUGCCUGCGUGAGGCGCAUCUGGCUGACCUGCUGCAGCUGCGGAUAGUCCCCGUGCUGCUGGAGCGCAUAGCCUGGCCACCGGCCGGCUCGCUGGCGCUCGUGUUCUCCCAGCUCGUCUACGUCGACUUCGCUGGUGAGCAGAUAAUUUCCAGGCAGAGGAAAACACCAAAAGUCGCGCCAGAGUGA